CCCAAUUCCGCAGCAGAAAAAAGCUGUACCAUAAUCAUAACAAUAACAUCGUCUGAUCACACACCAUUAAGUUGAUUAUUAUUAUUAUUCUCCAUGGCGGCCGGGGUGCUGAAGGGGCUGGAGAUGGAGUACGCGUACAAGAGCAACAGGCCGUCGCAGCUCCUCAACACGCUCUUCAUGUCGACGGUGAACGUGGCGUCGCGGACGCUGGUGAACGUGGCGGCCAACGUCCAGCCGGAGCACAGCGAGCGGUGGAAGCCCGGCGACCACCUCAGGUUCAUGGUCAUGCUCAUGACGUGGCUCACAGUCUGGGUCAUGAGGGUGCUCAUGGACUUCUUCCCCGUCCCCAUGACUUGGUCGCCUCACCACCUCCUUUCCGCCGCCUUUUCGCCUCUCAAGCUCGCCCUCCCCGCGCCUUCCGGGUUCUCCUCCUCCAAGACGACGACGUCGUUCAACCCUCCCUCCACCCACGUGUCGUUCCCUUACUCCUCCGCGAAGGCGGAGGCCGGAGCGCUCGUGCCCGCCGCGGCCGCCUCGUCGUCGCCGAUGGAUUUGGUCCUGCAGCAGGAUGAUUAUGAGGACGACGUCGGGUCUCUUCACGCCCUCGGACGAUCCCUCACCCACAUUCUGGCGCUGCUGAACGAGAUCCCGGCGAGCUCCGGGAAGUACCAGUUCGCGAUGGCAAUGGCGGACAGGAUCAUGGACGGGAACUUCAAGGACGGCCACCCGGAGCUCCAGGAGAUCAACCGGUUCGCCCUCUCGUCGGCCUACGCGCGGACUUUGGCUCUCUUGUAUCGCUCACUCCAGCGGCGGUCCUCAUCGUCGUCGAGCCACCCGGACUCGACGGCCUCGUGGACCACCCGGGCCAUCCGGUCGCUGCCCUUCGGGUCCUACGCUCUGUCGUACGUCAGGGGGCUGAACUACUGCCUCACCACCGUCCUCCAGAUAGCCAGCAGCGGCGUCUGGCGCGGCGGCAACAACAAGAAUCAGCUGCUGCUGCAGGGCGGGGACGCGGGGGACGACGUGGUGUCGGAGAAGCUGGCCGAGGAGCUGGUGUGGCUGACCAACAAGCUGCGGAACUACGGUCUGGUCGAGGAGGCCGUGGUGCAGUGGAGCCACGCGUCGGGGCUCGCGUCGAUGGCCCUGGCCAUCGACGCGAGGGUCCAGGGCCUCAUUGUCAAGACAACAGCCAUAUUGAUCGGAGAGAUGGGUGGGGAUCGAGGGGAGAAGGUGCAGGUGCCGGGGCAGGUGAAGUCGCGGCUGCUCGUAGUGUGGCUGCCGGUGUUGUGCCACGCGAACAACGGGCUCACGUACCCGGUGCUGACGAGCAUCGAGAAGGUGGGAGUGGAGAGGGCGAUCGACGACGUGAUGGUGACUCUACCUGGGAUGGAUCAGGAAGUCAUCCUCACCAACUGGAUCCAUGACUACACGGUUACGGCCUCGGACUGGCCUAACCUGCAAGUGUCUUAUGAUCGUUGGUGCCAGUCCACUCGCGAACUUGCUGCUUAGUUUGAAGUUUGAGUACUUGGUUGGCUACUAGGUAGCACUGGAUACGCACAUGUUCUUCUGUUUAAUUUGUUGCUGUGGUUUGGAGGUUUUGUGCGAGUUAUAGGCUUUCAUAUUUUGCGACGUAGCUUAUUGCAUAUCCUGUCAUGUAAUUUUGUAUAUAGAGUUUGUGGUGUUGCAAUUUUUGGGAAUAAAGCAAUAUAUGUGAUGGGAUUUCUGCGCUCAAUAUCUCAUCAAAUAGAUAAGAUACUAACAUGUUGCAAGUUACGUGUUUACGUCCAGCAAUUAAACAUUAAUAAUGGGUGGGUGGGAGGGAGGAAUCAAGAUUUCCUUCUAGUUGGAGAGUUUCGGCCAAACAUUACCAGUGGGUUGAACCAUUCUAUAUUUUCUCAUCAUACCUAGGCCUGAGCUCAUGGCCUUGGACUAUGAAUGGAGAGGUUUUCUACUUGAAGGCAGGAUUGAAAAUGGAAGGAAUAUUGUUUAAAUGCUUAAUGACAUGUGGAUUUCUGAGUGAGCUCAAUCUACAUAUUGAUCCCUUCAAAUCAACAUCAUCUAUCCUACUAAGAGGGUUGAUACUCCAAAUAACGAGAAUCCUAGAGUUUGGAAUCUCGAUAAGAACCUGAGUCCAACAAUAUAUAUUAGGAUCUUCCUUCCUAGCUCAUCGAAGGAGGAAUGCGACAAAUAUUCGAUUAUUAUAACAUGCGACUUUUUAUAGAGAAAAUUAAACAAAGCUAUUGAAGACAUGUUUGAUCGUGAUGUUAUGUUUAGUUCUAUGUUUUGAAAGAGAAGACUUUGGAAACUGGUUGUGUCUCUGAUGGUCAAAACAAUUUAUGUAGAAAGUGGGUAGAUGCAUCUUAUCUACAUUAGACAAAAUCAUGAAGUUUAGUUAACGUGCCAUGAACGAAUGCUCUUUUUGGCAACUAAAAAAACUGCUUCAUCAAGGGGUGAAGGAUGUCCAUGCCAUUUGUGUUUGGAGAAGGUCUUUAUAAGGCUCCCAAAGCUUAAUUAUUUCCAGUGGGUUUGCACAUUCUCUUAAUUUGUCUAUGGACAGGAAAACAAUCGGUGGUUCAACAUAUCGAAGAUUGAAAAAGAUGAAAUUGCUAAAAAAGACACCCUAGUGGAUAAAUGACUACCUUGAUGCAUAGAACAGAGCGGAUCCAGAUCUCCAUCAAAUAAUUUUGCAAUGCGGAUGAAGUCGAAAUUGUUAUUAUCACAAAAAAGUGAAAACGUAAGCAUAAUAUUCAAUUUUUUUUAUAACAAUCAGAAAAUUCAUUACAAAAACGUAAUGGGUUGAAAAUUGCACGUGGUGGGUUGGACAAACAAAGACCGUCUUCCUAGGCCUGAGAGUCGGGGCCGAACAUACCUGGUGACUUCCGCCAGUAGAAAUUUUCUAUUUCUUAUCAGGCCCAUGACCGGCCCAUGGUUCAUAGUGCUGGUCUGGCUGGGUCCGCUCCGAAAACCUAAUUGUAAACGGAGAAGUGUUUAGUGAUCAAUCGACCAAGACGAUAAAACUUCAAGGAUCUA